AGCCAGCCACUGGCGCACCUGGAGUAAACCGACCAAUCACGGUCCAACAGGACCGUUCGAUGAUGAUAGGUUCCGGGUCCAGAGUGGGAACAAACUGGGUCAGAACCUUCCUGACCCGUUUCCUGCAGAACAGUUCUGGUUCUAAGCAGGAAGUUAAGAGUCCAAUGUUCACUGACCCGAACCGAACCAGCUGCCUGAGCAGAAAUGGGCUAAGUGGAAGAAUCAGAACCAGUCCUAUUGUGCUAAUACGAUCUGGACCCGAAACAUGAACAUCUCUUAAAUGUGGAGAACUUCUCGAUCGGGUUGAGGAGGAAGAGGCUCCAUGGAGAGGUCCUAAUGAUUUAACUCCAGAACCGGCCCAGUUUGUCCCAAUAUGGCUGCUGCCAGCAGCACCAAGAUCUCAUGGCGCCUGCAGGAGUUCGAGGCCCACUCCAGAACCGUGUCCUGCCUGUCUCUGGGGAAGAACUCGGGCCGCCUGCUGGCCACGGGGGGCGAGGACUGCCGCGUCAACAUCUGGGCCGUCAGCAAGGCCAACUGCGUCAUGAGCUUGACGGGUCAUAAGAACCCGGUGGAGUGCGUCCAGUUCAGCGUGUCAGAGGAGCAGGUUGCAGCUGGUUCCCAGUCUGGAUCCAUUCGAGUCUGGGACUUGGAGGCUGCCAAGAGUAAGGCUACUUCCUGUCCUCCAACCUGCUACUUCCUGUUUCUGACCUGCUACUUCCUGUCCUCAGUUCUGCGGACUCUGAUGGGACACAAAGCGAACAUCACGGGUCUCGGCUUCCACCCGUUUGGAAACUUCCUGGCCUCCAGCUCUGUGGACACCAACAUAAAGCUCUGGGACGUCCGGAGGAAAGGAUACGUGUUUCGCUACAAGGGUCACACAGACGCUGUGAGGAGUUUGGCCUUCAGUCCGGACGGGAAGUGGUUAGCCUCGGCUAGCGACGACUGCACCGUGAAGCUGUGGGACCUGUUCCAGGGGAAAACCAUCACAGAGUUCAAGUCGCACUCGGCGGCCGUCGGCGCGGUCCAGUUCCAUCCCAACGAGUACCUGCUGGCGUCCGGCAGCGUCGACAGGAGCAUCAAGCUGUGGGACCUGGAGAAGUUCACCAGGGUCGGCUCUCUGGAGGGAGACACGUCUGCCGUGAGGUGCCUGCUGUUCAGCCCGGACGGCUCCUGCCUCUACAGCGGCGCCUCGGACUCCCUGCGGGUUUUCGGCUGGGAACCGGAUCGAUGCUUCGACACGGUUCCGGUCGGCUGGGGAAAAGUAUCGGACCUGGCCGUCUGCAACCAGCAGCUGAUCGGCGUGUCCCACCAGCUGUCCAGCGUCUCGUCCUUCGUGGUGGACCUGAAGCGGGUGAAGCAGAGCGGUGGCGCCGUGAUCCAGGGGAUCGUCCGGGACGACCGGCCGCUCACCGAUCCGGCGGAACCCAGAGCAGCAGCGCUGCGGCGCAACUACGACAGACCCGCCACCGCCUGCAGCUCCCACAGGAUGAAGCGCUCAGACACCGAUAGGCGGAGCCCCGAUGGAGAGAGGCGGAGCCAGAGCGAGGACGAGGCGGAGGACAAGCAGCCGUCAGCCGAGAUCCACAACGCCGACGACUACAGAGAGAUCUUCCAGCCCAAACGCGCCAUCUCUCGAACUCCUCCCAGGAUGUCGGAGCCGUUUCCUGCUCCUCCUGAAGACGAGAGCGUGACGGCUGUCGGCCGGCAGCUGAAGGACAUGAUGCUGCCGUCUCCCGACAAGCAGCAGGCUCCGCCCCUCGCCACCUCCACCCCAAUCCAGAGGGUCGAACCCACAGUGGUCGCCUUCACCAAGCCGUGUAGCCCCGCCCCCAGCAGCCAGCCUGCCCCUCCCACCAGGCCGCCGCCAUUGCCGCGGGUGAUCCCGAGCAGCCGCAACGAGCCGCUGGGACUCAACGUGGCCGACUUCCUGCCGUCCCCAGCCAACCACCGGGGCGGCGCUCUCACCGACGACGGCGCUCUGGCACAGAUCAACAAAGGUCACGACACUAUGUGUGUGAUGCUGAGCAGCCGCCAGCGCAACCUGCAGACGGUCCGGUCCGUCUGGACCCGCGACGACGUCAAGAGCGCUCUGGACGCCGCCGUGUCCAUGAACGAUCUGUCCAUCGUAGUGGACGUCCUGAACAUCGUCAACCUGCAGCCCUCCUUGUGGAAACUGGACCUCUGCACCACGGUUCUCCCUCAGAUCGACAAGCUGCUGCAGAGCAAAUACGAGAGCUACAUGCAGACCGGCUCCACGUCGCUGAAGCUCAUCAUGAAACAUUUCUGGACUCUGAUCUGCGAUACGCUCAGGGCGUCGCCGGCGGUGGGGGUGGACAUCACCGGGGAGGAGCGGCACCAGAAGUGCCGGGAGUGCUGCCGCUACCUGAAGAACCUGAGCAACGUGGUGAAGAACCGGGCCGGCCAGGCCGGUCGCCAUGGCAGCGCCUUCAAGGAGCUGCAGCUGCUGAUGGCGCCGCUGGACGAGGCGCUGUGACCCGCUCUGGACCGGACCAGAUGCGCUUUGGACAGAACCAACAAUGUUUUACAGUUUCAAUGUUGGAUAAAGCUCCAGAACCGGGCCGGAGCUCCAGAACCGGGUCUGUUCAGUUUGUUUUAUUUCUGCGGUUCAAGCUUUUUCUAAUUAAAUCAUUUCCAGAACUUCAGAAGAACGUUUGAAUUGAACCGGAUCAGAACCGUUCAUGAAGCAGCGGCAUGGUUCUGCUUAUCGACCUGUUUGGCCUGGUCCGGAUCCGUCGGCUCUGACAGCAGAUCAGAACCUCUGCACCCGACAAGCUCAGUAAUCCAAUAUAUUGCAGCCUGCUGCCAGCUGAUUGGCUCAUUAUGCACGAAGCUGCUCCAUGAUUGGACGGCAGGAACCGGCCGAAUCGUCUGAUUGGCCGAUAGAGCUGUGAAAGGAAAAUGCUGGAAGCUCUAACUGAAGAUUAAUCUGGAUUAUUACUUCAUAAACUGUAAUCCCAGAGUGAGAAUCUGAUUUUUUCAGGUUGUUUAUAGAAA